AUGGAUGAAAUAUCGAAAAUGAACGAAACAAUCUACAGAUUUCGUUUUGGUAUUACUGAGAAAACUAUUCGAAUUACACAACAACAACUUAAUCAUUUUCCUUAUUUACUUGCUCUUAUAAAUCAUAGAGAUGAUUUCUCAGUCAAUAAGAACGACAAUGGUGAAUACAUAUUAGACUACCCUAUUUGUUAUGACUGGUUUAUGGCGAUCUUUCAAUCGGUUAUUAAACAACAGCCAUCUGUUCUAUUCACUGAAUUAACACACGAAGCAGAUGUGUUACGUGUACUUGAACUUUAUGAUUAUCUAUGUAUUGAGCCAUUACCACUUCCUCUUCUUAAAAACCAAAAACUUGUUUUGACAAAUCUCAUUGAUAUUGAUGAUGUGAACAAACAUAUUCAAUGGCGUCCAGCGAAUAUUCGUGAAGCACGAAAUAUAGCUGCUCAAUUUAUCAUUAGUCUUAGUAAAAUGCUUACAACUUAA